GAAGCUAACGUUUCAGACAACCUCCCCCCAAAAAAGACUUAGGUUGAGACAGUUUUGUGUUAUACUGGUUUUACUGUAUAUAGUAAUGGAUGAAUUACAGGACAUACAGAUUUUACAUUUGAGAACAUUACCAAUUUUGUUUGAGAGAUUCUGCAUUUUACAUACCUAAACAACACUACGGUCUAAUUUCGAGUGUGCAUCUUUGAUAAGCAAUGCAUUUAGAAUCCGAAAGCUUACCAAACGAUUUCCGAGUUUAUAAAUGAUAGAGAAACCUGAAUUAUUUUACAGAUUUUAAAGGACUUUAGUAUUAGCUGUAACAACAGCGAUAACACAAAGUGCGGCCUAUGCUAACUGCAUCCGGGGGCUUGAUUUGAGACACUAAUCCUUGCUGAGGAGGGUUGGCUGGAGGUGGGAGACGCCCGGAAAAGUGGUGCAGUCGACGGGAGUGAUAGUUUUUCGAAAGCUGCGCUGAGAAAAGUUUAGUAGCACUGAAUUUGAUUUCAUUUGUUUUUUGGAUACUGUACAGAUUAGAACCAGGCAACAAAGUCGGUUUAUUUAUCACCCCCCACAAUUGCACAGAGGAGAUAGUCAGAACCAGCCAGACCAAGUAAAUAAACGAUAUUUGUAAGAGUAAGCGUCGGGAAAUCCCGUGAGUUCUCUUGGUUUAAAAAAAAAAAUCUAGUAGCAGUUAAGGUGAGAACAAGGUAUAAUAUAUCCAAAAGAAAAUAUUGACUUCUUGGUUGGUAGAAGGGACUAGAAUCAGCAAAGCUGCUUAAGCAAGUGGUAAACGCCAAGACGAGAAAAGCCGAGGAGCAGACUGCACUCGACCACAACACCAUGGAAUAAACAUGGCCCACAAACGAAGUCUGUUUAUUGAAGCUCUAGAUAGAUCAGAAGCCAAGAAAGAUGGAGGUUUCAAGCAGACGUGGAGCUUUUCUGUUGCCGAUGGCAGUGACGAAGAAAGACAAAAUGACUCCGAUUCCGUGGUGAGUAUGGAUGAGCCAGAUGGGAUGAACAGCCCAGAGGGAAGGAAGCCUACACCGCUGAAACAUUUUUGCACUGGCGAGCCCCUGAAAACAUAUGAAAGAAGGCCAAAUAAUCAUUUGAGGUCCUUCAAAGGAAAUGCCUUUGGUCUGAAUAUGCUGGGAGCUGGCAAGAAACUUGGUCCGUCAGCUCCCCGGAGUGUCUUUCUGCACGGACGAUACUUCCAGCACGCCAACGCACCAGCGCCAGUUGUAAAAACUGCUGCUCAGAGCCUUGACCUGAAAGAGAGAAAAGAAUACCCACCGCAGAUCCAAAGAUUAGAGUUAGACAGCAUAAUCCUCACCUGUCCAGAAACGACAGAAGCAAACAGUAUGGUUCAUGAAGGGGAAAUAAAAAGGCAAACCCAACAGAAGCGCCGGGCUUCAUCUGAGGACUUGAUAAGUUUUGUUUCAUCAACUAAAAACGUGGAGACACUGGAUCCCCAUGAGUACCUUACCGUCUGUGGGAAGUGUGGCAAGCCAAGUGAAGAUCACGUCAAGUGUGAAAACUGUGGGAACAUACUUGCACAGGACUCGGCAGGCAGCCUCAAAACCAGUACUAAUUUAGCUGGAACUGCAUCCCCGCUGUCCCGACCUUCCAUUCGCCGGCAUUCUUCAGGACCAAACCACCUAUUACUGAGCAAGAAUGCCUUUAGCUCCUCAUUGACAAUUAAAGCGUCUCAAGUGGAUGUAGGAUCCUCUCCCCCAGUGCGCGUAACUAGGAGUAAUCUUUUAAUCUCCAAUGGGAGAGCACCGUUGGUGACAGGAACAAGUCCCCUUGUAGCAAAGAUUUCAAAAGGCAAGAGACAGAUGGAAACCAAGCAGCAUGAACUGAAUGAUCCGAUUGUGUUAUCUAGUGAUGAUGAGGAGGAGGAGGCAGACAACGCCAGCACAGGCAGUGUGAACAGGAUGGACAGCAUCUCUCCGAGGCCUGCAGACUCCGCACACUCCUCACCAGCGCCCUCUGGUGGAAAAGUGGAGGCGGCAGUUAAGGACAACACAGAACAGCCUGAUUGGCUGACUGACGACUACUUUACAGACGUAGAUGCCAGAAUCACAUUACCAAGAAAAGCACGGAUGAAGGACCAGUUUGGAAAUGUAGUUUCUGAUAAAAGUAUCACCAAACGGCGAAAAAUUGGGCAAAGCAACACAUCCACUAACAGUACCAAACAGCCCCCCAUGCUGGAGAGCAUUAUUCUGGAUUGCCGGAGUAUAAGAAUAGGAACAUUGCGCAAGGCAGUGGUAAAGCCUGUCAUUUUUACUGUUGAUUACAUCCAAAUUGAAACAGAAGCUUCUACAGUGGAUAAGAUGCAAACCAUCACGCUAAAAACGUCUGAAAUCUCCUGCUGUGAAUGGUGCAAUGUCAGAAAGCUGCCUGUCAUCUUUUUCCAAACCACUCAGUCUGAAUGCUUUCGUCUCCAAGACCUGUUGCAAAUGUCUAAAGAAAAUGGUGGAGUUUGGUAUGAUUGUAAAGGUCCAAAUCUUGAUGAGAAAUACAUUGUCUUGAUUUUUGAGAAUGGGCUGUCAUUACGUGAACAAGCUAUUCUGGAGGAAAUACUACAAGAAAUUGGGAAAGCAAACAAUAUCGAAGACUUUUUGAUCAAAAUACCAUUUGAUGAAGCCAAUAUCAGACUAGUUCGUUUCACUAAAAGCUGCCCAGACAGUGCUUCAAAGGAAAAGGGUUCUGAAUCCAGUCCACGUGUGCCUGUGUCAACACGACUCCACGCUUCUGCGCAGAGAUACUUUGAUGACGACGAAGAAAUGGCAGAGCUCCACCCAACCUUUACAGGUCCAAUAGAAAAAUUAAUUGUGUAUCCUCCGGCCCCAGCCAAAGGGGGGAUUUCUGUCACAAAUGAGGACCUUCACUGCCUGAAUGAGGGGGAGUUUUUAAAUGAUGUCAUCAUAGACUUUUAUUUAAAAUAUUUGGUCCUUGAAAAGUUAAAAAAGGCAGAUGCCCAAAGAAGUCAUGUUUUCAGCUCAUUCUUUUACAAGCGACUAAAUCAGAGGGAAAGGAGAAGUGUCGUGGACCCUACCAAUUUACCAAUACAAAAGAGGAGGCACAAUAGGGUAAAAACCUGGACACGCCAUGUGGAUCUUUUUCAGAAGGAUUUCAUUUUUGUUCCUAUAAAUGAAUCAGCUCAUUGGUUUCUAGCAGUGAUUUGCUUCCCUGGUUUGGAUGGACCCCAGUUUGAACCAAACCCUUUGUACCGUACCUCAGAGUCCAUCCUGGUUAACAGUUCCACAGCAGAAGAGAGUCUUUCCUCUGCCGCAGAGGAAGUAGAAAACUCAACAGAAAGGUUCCCUUCCAGUCCUGCGUUUCAGGCUUCGAAGUGCCCCGUGACUAAAGCCCUUAUCGUCAGCACUACUGAAGAGUCUUCCGAGAGUGACUGUAAUACAGACCAGGUCAAAGGAGUGGCAGUCCCUUCUAACAGCGUGAAAGACAAUGAAAGAGCAAACACGCACGAAUUUAGGAACACGCAGAGCAGCACCACGACAGGAGUGAAUGGUUUUCGGGCUGACAAGCAAAAGGCUCCACAGCAGUGUAUAGGUGGUUUGCAGAGAAUACGCCUAUGCUAUGGUAAUUCAAAGAACAGGGAUGAUGACACAUUCACCUUUUCAGAUGAUCAAGACUCAAGUCUGGACGAAAGCAGUGAGGACGGGACUUUGGCAGAUGACACGUUGACCUCUUCAGAGAGCGGGCAGUGGAAUCAGAAACCUACCAUUUGCAAACAACCUUGCAUUCUUAUCAUGGAUUCCUUGCGAGGCCCUACCCGGUCCACUGUGGUGAAAACACUACGGGAAUACCUGGAAGUGGAAUGGGAGGUGAGAAAAGGAAACAAAAGGAGUUUUGGUAAAGAUGUCAUGAAAGGCUCCAGUCCCCGUGUCCCACAGCAGGACAACUUCAGUGACUGCGGUGUAUACAUCCUUCAGUAUGUGGAGAGUUUCUUUGAGAAUCCACUCCCGAGUUUUCAUCUUCCUAUGCACCUGACUGACUGGUUUCCACAGCAACGGAUGAAGACAAAGCGUGAGGAGAUUAAGGAGCUCAUUCUCAAAAUCCAGAGUCAGCAGCAAGCAGACAAGAAAGGGCACCAAGACACUGAAGCUGAAAUCCCUGGCAGAUCAGUUCUACAGAACCCCAUUUCUGACUCCUGAGGCCUGUUUUGUUUGUGCUGUGCUAAACCACGAACCGGCCCUUGCUUCCCACCUCAGCACAGUGCUUCUGCAAACUGUGGGAAUACUCAUGAUUGUACGCUGCUGGAUUUUUUUUAUCCAUCUUGUCCUAUUCCCUCCAAAAAACAUUUGAAAUUUUAUUAAAUAAAGUAUGUACAUAUGUUAAUUUUGCAGUUUGUGAAGCCUUUGUAAUUAGUUUUUCACUUGUUAGAUAUUAUGGUCAUAGAAUAUAGUGAAGUAUUGUUAUUAUUAAAAUAAAUGUUUAUGGACCAUACCCUUUCUCCCAUCUUUGAGCAAUUAAUUUAACAAAUGUUGUAUGUAAACAUUGUCUGAAAUGUCUUAUUUAAAAAAAAAAGUUCAUUUCAUAUCCAACGUCAGUGCAAACUGAACUGUUUCAAAGAAGAAAGAUACAAAUGUGUGCCAUUUAAUAUGGCUAUAUGUUGGUUUUUGUUUUAUAAAUCACCAUUGAAUCUAAAGCAAAUGUUUGAAGUGUCGGGUCUCAUCACAGUGUGUCUGCAGGUGUUCAGUGUCUUUGAAGUAGCAGGACUUUGAAGAGCUUGGAGAAGCCAUUAAACUGGUCCAAUUAAAUCAGCUAACAUCUGCGUUGGAAUGAAGACCUGCAGACGCAAGUAUCCUCCAAGUAUUGUUUUAUAAGUUAAUUCUUUGGAUAGACCAUGCAUUAAAUGAGGCCAGGAAUGAUAUAGGAUAUGUAGUGAAGUACAACUUAGAGCAAGAUACACAAGUACAAAUAAGUUAAAAUUUAAUACAUUUAAUUAUUUUCCAUUUAGAAGAUCAAACUUUUUUGUAAAGAUAACUAAGGAUGUUGGUUAUCCGGGUAUUCUAUAAUUGUAUGAACAUUGCAGAAAACACUGCAUAUUAACCUCUUGUUGAGCUGCAAUAUGUAUGUGUUGUGUAAACGUGAGUAACAUUAAAGAUAAAAAUAGCUGAAUUAUCAAGUAGGUAGGUGCAUCAGCAUGUGCAGGCCGAAAGGAAACACAACGUUUCGACUGUGGAGCCUUCUUGUUCUUUUGCUGAAUUAUCAUGUUUUUGCAUAUUGAACAGGGCUUAACUGAGCUUUAGCACAAUGGAGCAUCUUGGUAUUGGCUUCUGUUCUACUAUUAUUUUUUCUAUAAUUUUACCUCACUUCAUUUCAUGAAAUAACUUAUUCCUGAAUGAUUUAUCUCAAAAUUUAACUGCAGAAGUUUAUUUUUCUACAGCUUAAAAGGAAUUACACAUUGAGAAUAACAAGAAAUGAUUGUGUUUUCUGAAUUUGCUUACUUUAAUCAAGACCCUUUUUUGAGCCUCAUCUCUAAUCUCAAAAUGCAUACGGAAAACAUUUUUAGUAAGCCAUGAAAUGUUUUCUGUGCAUUACUGUUAAGGUAUUCGUAGGGUUCUUACUAGCAGAGUAAAGAUGUUUUGUAUUGUCUAGGUGGUAUACUGAACUGUUAUUCCACCUUUUCCUAUGGACUUCAAGCACUGAUUAAGCAUGUGAGAUAUCUUAGUACUGAUUGGGCUACAGUCACCUUCUGAAAGACAAGCAGACUGACUUUACUCUCUUCUGAAAUGGACAGGGGUACUGAACUGAUUUGUCUGUCCUUGGUGUAAGAGCCCUGAUAGCACACCUGGAACUGUGCCAGAUGAGUGCCAACAUGUUACAGAGAAUUGGGAUGACCUGUUGUGUCGGAGACAUCUAUACAAUUUGUGUUGCAGGAUGUUGAAAAAAGUACAGAGCCUUCCCUAUUUAGCCAGUCAUGAAAUAGAAAACGUCACACAGCAGACAUAUUGGAUGUAUGUAACAUAUUAACCAACAGUAAUUCUAACAGUAAUAGUGUAAUCAUAGUAAACAUAUUAGAUAGCUACUACAGCAUCUAUUAUUAAAACAUUUAAGGCUACUGGUAUAGUGGCAACUCCUAGGGACAGUACACAAGUGAAUAAUGCUGCUAUAGGCUGUGAAACAAGUGUUUUGGGAGGCAGCUGUAAAUCCACAUCCAACACCUGGAGAUCUGUGAUGCACACUGAAUAAAAUUUCAAAAACUUA